ACAGUAUGCGGUGCAGCGAUGGCAGGCAAGGGUAAGACCGUGGUGAGGACGCUGGAGGAUCUCACGCUUGAUUCUGGGUAUGGUGGAGCCGCGGACUCGGUCAGGUCUUCCAGCGUGUCCCUGUGCUGCUCGGACACACAGCAGUCCAUUACGCACGGGGGGGGCGCCUGCUGGCAUCUGACGGAGUCCAUGCACAGCCGACAGAACAGCGUGGACACGGUGAACACCGUCCUGGCGGAGGACAUCGUGGACACCCUGGAGUGCUCGGGUCAGUGCGUAAAGCUGCCCGAGCUGGAGGACGUGCCAUGGAGCCUCGGGGAGGUGGAGGGCGCGCUGCGGAGGGACGAGGACCUGAUGCUGGGCAACCCGCCGCCGGAGGUCCUGGCCCGGCUGUCGGUCCUCAUCGGCCGGGCACUGGUGCGUGUGGCCCGGGAGGCACAGCGGCUCAGCCUCCGCUACGCCAAGUGCACCAAGCACGAGAUCCAGAGCUCCAUCAAGGUGGUGCUGUCCUGGACCGUGUCCGUCCACUGCAUCACGGCGGCCCUGAGCGCGCUGUCCCUGUACAACAUGAGCACCGGGGACAAGUUCAGCCGAGGCAAGUCCCUGCGCUGCGGGCUGGUGUUCUCCGUGGGGAAGUUCUUCAGGUGGAUGGUGGACAGCCGGGUGGCCCUCAGGAUCCACGAGCACGCCGCCAUCUACCUCACCGCCUGCAUGGAGAGCCUGUUCCGGGAGGUGUUCGGCCGCGUCCUGCGCAGCGCGCUGCUGGAGAGGGACAACGGGGUGCCUAAGUUCACCCUGGAGUCCCUGGAGCAAGCCAUCAACGGGGACUCGGAGACGUGGGGUCUGCUGCAGCCCCACCAGCACCUCAUCUGUGGCAAGAACUCCAGCGGUGCACUGAGCCUGCCGGAGAGUUUGAACCUGCACCGGGACCAGCAGCGCUCCGGGAGGGGCGGCGAGGGCCAGGGCUACUCGCAGGCCGAGCUCCGCACACUGGAGCAGUCGCUCCUCGCCACCCGGGUGGGCAGCAUCGCUGAGCUGAGUGACUUGGUUUCCCGGGCCAUGCACCACCUGCAGCCGCUGCACAUCAAAAACCCCAGCAAUGGCACGCCGGUCCACCAGAAGACCAGCAGCCCGGUGCAUUGGGAACCCGAGGCGCUCUACACCCUGUGCUACUUCAUGCACUGCCCACAGAUGGAAUGGGAGAACCCGAAUGUGGAGCCGUCCAAGGUCACGCUGCAGACUGAGAGGCCGUUCCUGGUGCUGCCGCCGCUGAUGGAGUGGAUUCGGGUGGCGGUCGCCCACACCGAGCACCGGCGGAGCUUCUCUGUGGACAGCGACGACGUAAGGCAGGCGGCCCGGCUGCUGCUGCCCGGUGUGGACUGUGAACCCCGGCAGAUAAAAGCGGAGGAUUGUUUCUGUGCCACCAGGAAGUUGGACGCAGCCUCCACCGAGGCCAAGUUCCUGCAGGACCUGGGCUUCAGGAUGCUCAACUGCGGGCGGACAGACCUGGUCAAGCAGGCGGUGAACCUGCUGGGGCCUGAUGGCAUCAACAGCAUGAGCGAGCAGGGCAUGACCCCUCUCAUGUACGCCUGCGUCCGCGGCGACGAGGCCAUGGUCCAGAUGCUGCUGGACGCCGGGGCCGACAUCAACAGCGAGGUGCCCACCACAGUAAACAAGCACCCCUCAGUUUAUCCUGAAACGCGCCAGGGGACGCCGCUCACUUUCGCUGUGUUGCACGGACACGUCCCUGUCGUGCAGUUGCUGCUGGAUAACAGAGCGAAUGUGGAGGGCGCCCUGCAGGAUGGGGCUGAGAACUACACGGAGACGCCGCUUCAGCUCGCCGCCGCUGCAGGGAACUUUGAGCUGGUGAGUUUGCUUUUGGAAAGAGGGGCCGACCCCAUGAUUGGGACCAUGUGUCGAAACGGCAUCUCGUCUGCUCCACUGGGCGACAUGAACUCCUACAGCCUGGCAGCAGCACACGGCCACAGGAAUGUCUUUCGGAAGCUGCUGUCCCAGUCGGAGAAGGACAAGGGGGACGUGCUGUCCCUGGAGGAGAUCCUGGCCGAGGGUUCGGAUCCUGGGGAGAAGAGGUUGGCUCUGCAGGCCAACAGCGGCAGCGGGACCCUGCGAACAGGAAAGGCCAAACUGAGAGCCCUGAGAGAGGCCAUGUACCAUAGUGCAGAGCACGGCCAUGUGGACAUCACCAUAGACAUCCGCAGCUUAGGCGUUCCCUGGACGCUGCACACCUGGCUCGAGUCCCUGCGCACCUGCUUCGUCCAGCACCGCCGGCCACUGAUCCAGGGCCUGCUCAAAGACUUCAGCUGCAUCCAGGAGGACGAGUACACGGAGGAGCUGAUCACACACGGCCUGCCGCUCAUGUUCCAGAUCCUCCGCACCAGCAAGAACGAGGUGAUUAGCCAGCAGCUGUCGGUUAUUUUCACCCAGUGUUACGGGCCCUUCCCCAUCCCCAAGCUGACGGAGAUCAAGAGGAAACAGACCUCGCGCUUAGACCCUCUCUUCCUGAACAACAAGGACAUCUCUGACGUCACGUUCCUGGUGGAGGGGAAACCGUUUUAUGCACAUAAAGUUUUGCUGUUUACAGCUUCAGCCAGGUUCAAGUUGCUGCUUCAGAACCGACCAGCAGCAGAAAACACCUGUAUUGAGAUCAGUCACGUCAAGUACAACAUAUUUCACCUGGUGAUGCAGUAUCUGUACUGCGGAGGCACUGAGUCGCUGCACAUACGCAACACUGAAGUCAUGGAGCUCCUGUCUGCAGCCAAGUUCUUCCAACUAGAGGGCCUUCAGAGACACUGUGAGAUCAUCUGCUCCAAGAACAUCACCACGGAAACCUGUGUGGACCUCUACAAGCACGCCAAGUUCCUUGGCGCGUCUGAGCUGACGGCUUUCAUCGAGGGCUAUUUCCUGAAGAACAUGGUGCUGCUGAUCGAGCUCGACGCCUUCAAGCAGCUCCUGUACGAGCCUCCUCCGGCCGAGAGCCCCGUGUCCAGCCCCGGCAUCUGCUCCGACAUCCUCCUGGACCUGGAGAAGACUCUGGCCACGCGCAUCCACUCCAUCCACCUCUCCACCUCCAAGGGCUCGGUGGUGUGACGCCGUCCUCACCGGGGGCCUUUCCCAUCCGGAUGCAGCAUCCAUGUAACGCCACCGUUAACACACUGUCACCCCGUCCACCUGCCCUGGCC